AUGCGCUCGAUAGCCUUGCUGCUGAUCGUGCUCAUCGCGGCCGCCUUCAGCGCUGCUGUUCCAGCGUCCGCCAAUCAAGCUGUAGUCGAGUCCGGCAAACAUGUCGUUGCCCGCGAUGGCUCACUCGGUCCUGUGCAAGACUUCGUACUGAUGCUUCAUGACACCGCUUCCACGGUCGUCCUGAAAGUCGACUUUACAGUCCAGUUGGGCCCGGGUCUUACUUGGUACAAGAUUGGCGAUGGGUUCGAUAUGAAGCAGUCAGGCAAGGAAAUAUCAGCCGAUGGCAAACGUUCCGAGCAGUGCUUGACAUUCAGCGAGGGUGUCAAGAGUGUGACGAUCUGUCUUCGCGCAACGAUCGGGGCUUUGGCCUACCAAAGCUGGUAUUUACAAGGUUUCUACACGCCUUCGACCGGAUCAGACUGGACAAAGAUGGUCAAUCCUACCCUAUUGCUUGACGGCAAAUCGCUCUGGCGAGACUUUGAUCCCUUUUCAAAGGUCUCUCCUUAA